AUGGAUCUGAGUCCAAAUAGUGCAGCAAGUCCUGAUGGAUUUAAUGGAUUCUUCUUUCAAAGCCGUUGGCAGAUCAUCAAGAGUGAUUUAAUCAACUUUGUUCAAAGUUUCUACUGUGGUAAAAGGCUGACCAAGUACUUUACUCAUACAUGUUUAGUACUUAUUCCCAAAGUUGAAGAACCUACUAGUUUUUCACAAUUAAGGCCAAUCAGUUUAACUAAUUUUUCAAACAAAAUCAUUUCCAAGAUUAUGGCCUCUAGACUAAAUUUGCUAAUUCCUAAGUUGAUAUCUGGUAAUCAGUCUGGGUUUAUUAGUGGUAGGCUCAUCACAGAGAAUAUACUACUAACCCAAGAGAUUAUUCAUGGUAUUAACAAAGGAAAGAAAGCUAAUAUUGUUUUCAAACUGGAUAUGGAAAAAGCAUAUGAUAAAGUUUCUUGGUUGUGUGUGAUUUUCAUUCUUAGAAAAUUUGGUUUCUCUGAAUUCUUUAUUGACCAAAUUUGGAGACUAAUUUCAGAUGUUUAG